GCUCUCUGUGUUGCUCGAAAAUGUUGAGAACUCAGCUGCUGCUGCUACUGCUGCCGGCCCUUGGACUGGGAAGGCUAAAUUCCUCAGAAGUCAAACCCAUACUUAAUAUCGACGGACUUACUUGGCGUCAACAAAUCUACUAUCAGUCGCGCUGGCCUCAGCGCAAGCGCUUCAUAACCACGCCAGAGCCAGGUGCCACGCCCGACCCACCCAAAAUGCGCAAAGUUUAUCCCUGCUACUGCUACAUGCCGCCACAGCCCGGACGCAACACCACUGAGGCCUAUGAAGAAUAUAUGGUUGAGUCCAAAAAUGUAUUUAUAUUAAACAAGUAAAUGGAAAUACAUGUAUAUAAAAUAUAUUCUA